AUGGCCAGUCUCGCCGUCGAAACUAAGCUACCAGCACGUCUGCUGAGCUUCUUUACACGUUACCCUCCCGAGCUCUACUCUGCCAAACACACCAAUAUCACGAUUCCCAUAACAAAAAAGGCCGCAAAGCUCGCCGCUACAAUCCGUCAACCCUCUUCGGUCCUCGGCGAAGAUGGAGCAGUUCUUUAUCAAUACGCACAGCCGAUCUCAGUAGAAGACCCGGCUACUUCUACUCCCCCACCCGCAAAUCCAGUCCUCACACUCGAAGGAGGAGUUAAUCCCUCCGAACCACCGCCCAGCAAUCAUUUCCCUCCCAAUCCCUUCUUACCACGGAAGAACUUCACCACAGGGCGAUGGGCGGGCGCGAGUAUAAGCCUUCGGCGGCAAGCCGAUCUGGUCAAGCUUGCGAAGAAGCACGGUGUAGAAGAACUGCUACCCCCUGGUCGCAAGUCGACAGCAUUCAAGCAGCAGCGGUUGUUAGAGCGAGGCCUGCGCAUCAAAGGUACUGGUGAGGGCGAAAAGGUUAAGGGCCAUAAAUGGGAGCGUUCGAUGGGAACGAGGCUGGAGAAGAGGAGGCAGGCGAUGGAGAAUAUGCCUGCUUUGAUUCGGGAGUGGGAAUCGAAAGGUCAUGGCCGAGGGUGGAAGAAAUAUCCCAAGCCGGGGUCUUGA